ACCUUUUCGGUGUCUUAUAAAUUUCUCCAUCGUCUUCUUCUUCUUCCUCUUCCUCUUCUCUCUGUAAACCCCCACACACAACUGUGGGUGGCGACUAUAUUCUCCAUUUUCUCUGUGACCAUCUCUAUUUUUCUCUCUGUUUCUCAGAUUCAGUUUCGUGUCUCGAACAGAUCAAGACCCAAACAAUGGUGAGUUCGAUAAUGAAAAUGGAGAACGAUGACGUAAUGAUUCCGCCAUGGCUAAAACCAAUGCUCCGAGCUGACUACUUUGUGACUUGUUCGAUUCACGCAAAAUCGAGUAAGAGUGAAUGUAAUCUGUUUUGUUUGGAUUGUUUAGGCAAUGCCUUUUGUUCUUAUUGUUUUGAUGAUCACAGAGACCAUCGUGUUGUUCAGAUUCGACGAUCUUCGUAUCAUAAUGUUGUGAGAAUGAGUGAGAUUCAGAAACAUAUUGAUAUCUCUUGUAUUCAGACUUAUGUUAUCAAUAGUGCUAAGAUCUUCUUCCUAAACGAGAGACCUCAGUGUAAAACGGGUAAAAGCGUAAACAAAACAUGUCAGAUCUGUUCUCGUAACCUUCUCGAUUCGUUCCGGUUCUGUUCUCUUGCUUGUAAGCUUGAAUGUGUCAAGAGUGGGGAGGAUCCAAAUUUGACCUUCUGUCUCGGUGACUCCUCGAAGAUCCGCAAUACCGGAAUUUGUAGCCGGUUGAUCAACGGAAUCUCGAUCGCAGUUGAUGAUCAACGCAGUGAAACCGCUGCUGUGUUAUCUCCAAAGACACCUUCAAUAGAAAGCCACCGGAAUUACCCAAUGAAGAGUAGAAGAAAGGGUAUACCUCACCGAGCACCUUUCUAAAAGGCUUUAUUAAAGAGUAAAGGUAUAAGAUGGAAUAUGGGAGAAAUCAGAAGAGAGAAAAAAAAAAAGUGUUGGUAAAUGACUAAAUGCAAUUUAUCUUACAUAAUUAGUAGCAAGCCUAAUUACUAAAGAGUACAGAACAAAAAUGUGAUAUUCAUAGAAAUUGGGUUAUAAAUAUAUGAUUUUAAUCAGUCUUAUUUA